CCCUCGCCAAGAUGGAAGCUACCAUGAUCAUUGUGGACAACAGCGAAAGCAGCCGUAACGGUGAUUACACAUCGACCCGAUGGCAAGCACAGAUCGACGCUGUCAGCGUCAUUCACACGACCAAGAUGCGCGUACACCCCCAAUCCGCCGUCGGGCUUAUGAGCAUGGGAGGAAAGGGUCCCGAAGUCCUGUCGACAUUCACCACCGAUUUCGGUGGUAUAUUGGCUGGUCUGCACCGCACGAAGAUCGGUGGCACUGCCCACCUUGGCUCCAGCAUACAAGUGGCCGGUCUCGCCCUCAAGCACCGCUCCGAGAAAUCCCAGAGACAGCGCAUCAUCGUAUUCUCCUGCUCCCCCAUUGAAGAAGACGAGAAGACGCUCGUGAAGCUCGCCAAGAAGAUGAAGAAGAACAACGUGUCCAUCGACGUGAUCGCCUUCGGAGACCUCGAAUCCGACCAGACCAAGAAGCUCGAGGCGUUCGUCGAGAACGUCAAGGGUGGCGACGGCUCCCACCUGGCCAUCAUCCCGCCCGGCGACAAACUGCUGAGUGAAGAGCUCCAGGCCACGCCGAUCCUGGGUGGUGACGGCAGCGGCGCCGGUGGUGGCGCCGGUCCGGACGGCGGGGACGGGGGCUUCAACUUCGAGGAUGCGGCGGAGAACGAUCCCGAGCUGGCCUUUGCCCUGCGUCUGUCCCUCGAGGAGGAGAAGAACCGACAAGAAAAGGAGAAGCGGGAUCGGGAGGAACAGGAGCGCAAAGUCAACUUGGAGGGUAUUCCCGAGGAGGGUGGUGAGGGUAGCGGAAGCAAAGACAAGAAGGAUGACGGUGACAAGAUGGACACCGCUUAAUGUGUGAGGAAAUUCUGAAAUGAUCCUCGUGGAUGACCUCCUUUUUUUUCUUCUUCAAUCUCUGAUGCAUACCCGGCGUUCCUUCUGAUGUGUACUUGCGUUAAAGUUUUCUCUGGUUUUUCUGCUUGGUUGUAAUUGUAGAACGUGGGUUCUAGAGUCGACCCCCCCGCCCACACGACAAUCCUUUUGAGAAAGGCUUGCGGUAUCUAUAUGGGAAUUC